AUGGUACUCCUCUUCAAGGCUUUUUAUCUUCAAGGCUUAAUACCUGAAAUGAUAAAGAAGGGCAACAAGAUGUAUGAGAUGAAGGGCUUUGAGGAUGGUCAUUGGCCUUGGUUUUGGCCUGGACCCUCGGUUUUUGGUUUGAUUGACAGCCCGGUUUUUGGAUAAUAUGGACACGCUCUUGACACUUGUCUUCAGUCCCGGUUCGGUUGAC